AGUCAGGUAGCACUAGGUGCUGGCUGUGAGAUGAAAGUUAUCAUAUUAUAUGAAGUGAUACUCUGCGUUACAUUCGCCGUUGCCGGACCCUCCACCAAGAGUUAUAAGGAUCAAUAUUGCACAGAUCCUCGCACUAUGGAGAAGCAUUCGGUCUACGAGGAAUGGGCCGAUGCAUACUCCUGCACCCGACACAGGUGCCAACCAGGAGGAAGGAACCUCGCUAUCUACACUGUUGGAUGCAAGUUAGUGGAAGCCCCAGAGUCAGCCAUCGAGUGUGAGGAAGUGGUGGAAGACACCAAUAUGCAGUUCCCGUUCUGCUGCACAAGACUGAGGUGUUUGGUGGUAGUAAGAGGUGAGGUGUGGACCAAGGUCCUGGGACAACCAUGGGAGACAUUGCCUGCAGCUCCCUGGAGUCACAUGUACAAGAUGAAGAGACCACCACCCGCCGACUCAUUGCCUAAAGGUGCAGUACAAGGUCCAGUGUAUGAAAUCCAAUCCGAUGCUGAAGACAAGAAGGAGAAGUUUAGAUCCUGGAAGAAGACCACGCAGAAUCCAGACGUACACGACCCCGCGCCCAGAGUUGCACCAGCCCCAGAUAUUGUGAUUGCUCUAGCAACAAGUAAAGAAAAUAUAAGAGACAUUGAUUCAUCUAGACACAAAAAGCAGCGCAAGACUACCGCUGACCCCAGUUACGUAGACAGUGACAAUGACAGAGAACACGAACCACUCGUUGACGACCAGAUUAUCACCGAAAAAGUACAACCUUCUGAAGAGAAGUACUACGAAACUGAAAAGGCAGUAAUGAAAGCGCAAAAGCACCAGGGAUGGACUGAAGUACCACACAACCAGUGGAACGAUCAGGAUCCUGGAGUGGAUGCUACUGAAGGACCGCCUCAAACAGAAGUAAUAGAAGAGAAGGCAGACAAACAGACAGGUCUACAAGCACUGGUAGAUGCCAUAGGGAAUCGUAUGAGGGACAUCGAAAACGUUGUACAGCGGAUGAGUGACAAGGUGCACCAGAAUCCUGCCUUCAGUGAGGAAAUACGAUCAGUAGACGGAGAUCAAAAGCGGAGAAUACUAACUGAUGACGAGGAGUAUCCGAGCGCGAAGAAAAUUAGUCCUGAAGUAGAUCAUUCUAAAAGAAGCUUGCUUAAGAACAAAGGUAGUAAAUACCUUCAUGAUCCAGACGUUACCAGUGAAAUGCCUCUCUUUGUUCAAGACUCCAACAUGAACAGAUACUUCACUGACGCUAGUAACAGUAUACGAAGAAUUAGCCCUCCAAAGGAACCACCGCCCCAGACGUACAUGGCGCCAGUAGACACGCGACGAUCGCAUUUCGCCUCCGAAGAAGUUGAAAAGAAGAGAAAACACAGCCAUAAGAAGAAGCGGGGAAAGGUGAAUUAUGAGAAUUAGGAACAUACAAGUGGCAAAGGUCACAAGAAACACAGAAGGAAGGAUGAAAAACGGAAACGCAACCAUAUUACUUCGAAUGAAAUUGAUAAAAAUGUUUUCUCGUUAGAGGACAGUAGUACCAAUAAAUAAUAUAUUUUUGUCACUUAACAUGAUGCAAGUGUAACAUUAUUAUAAUGUCUAGCCUUAACUUAGGCUAAUAUAGUAAUUCUACUUUAACUUAAACUGCUAGAUAGAUCAAAUUAAGAAUUGUCCAUUAACACUUUUCUUGAUAUAUCUAUUACUCAGUCACAUUUGUUCAUGUAUUUUAUAAUAUCACUAUUUUUGUACUGUUUUAUACUAAUUCACUAGCACUACCCUAACUCAACUAGUUUUGUUCAAUUUAGUCUUCUUACUUUAACAGUGUUGUCAAGGAGCUGGAUUGCCUCGACAAUCACGUGACGAUGAAAUCUAUAUUAAUCAGCUUCAACGUAUUUUUGGAUAAAUUUGUUAACGAACUCGAUGUUAAGGUCCCGAUGGACAGGUCCCGCUGUUUCGAAAGGUGCGCUAACAAUUUGCUUUAAUACUUUCUUCCGGAAGCGUUAGCUGACAGCUGGAUCCCAUAAGUCCAUACAGGUAUAAGAACAUGGUUGUACAAUAAAACUUUUCUUUGUUCUGUGUAAAGUGUCUUCCUAGAAGCCAGUACAUAUUUUUAAAACAAAAUUCUAACUUCUAAUUGAUCUCUUUUUUUCUUGACAUGAGCCUUUCAGAAGAGCCAAGAGUCAUGACCAGAUAUUUAGCUGUAUUUUCGUGUGGUGCCUACUAUUUUCUUAUUAAUGCAAACUGACUCAUCUGGUUUCUUAUUAAUAAAAUUUAUAUAAAUAGAUUUUCUUUCAUUAAGUUUUAUUCUCUAGUUUUAGUCCAUCUAACUACUGCGUUGACCGCUAUUUGUACUUUCUCUGAUGCCUCUUUAUGAUUACCUACUAAACUAUCCGCGCCCAUUAAGGCAGUAUCAUCAGCAUAGUUCGCAACAGCGUAGGAACAGGACCAGACCUAAUACACUUCAUUGAGGCACUUCAGCUUUAUUCUCCUUAUUUUUGGAAUCCUAUAAUAUCUAUUUGUAAAAAUAAUAAAUGAUUAUUUUAUAUA